AUGACGCAUUUCAAGUUAGUACUUCUCUGUGUCUCUCUCUACUUCGUUGGAGUAAUCCAAGCUGCACCUACUACUAUUACUACUACUGACGACAGUUCUGAAGCCCUAUCAUUCACGACCAGAACCAUAUGGACCAUCAUCUCCAGCUCUGUUCUCACUUUAUUUGCGUGCAUAUACAGCACCAUUCACCCUAAUAUUCCGAGUCCUAAGGACAGCCCCCUUCUUAUUCUAUGGCGACGACUUGGCAUCAUGUUAAUGGCACUAAUCGCUCCUGAAUUAAUCGUCACAUGGGCUAUGCGCCAGUGGUUCAGCGCUCGUCAAGUUACAAGACAGUUCAAGAAAUCGGGGUAUCCUAGUGUUCGUCCGGAGCCUGAAGAGUCAGAUCAUGGGUCUAUCGAAGCACCCUCAGAACGAUACGCUGAAGUGUCCACUUCAAAAUAUGAGGGAACUCAUACUCUUACGAAGCCAUUCAGAAAAUUGUUUGAGGUUUAUGUUUCAGAGCAAUCUGAAGAUUAUACGUGGACUCAAGAACAUAGCUUCUUUGCGCUAAUGGGUGGCUUCAUGCUUUAUGUGGAUGGGAAACCCUAUCACACACUACAGCCCGACGACAUCCUCAAGCUGAUACGUGCCGGGUGUAUCGACGCCCCUACUCUAACAGUAAAACAGAUCCACGACAAGAGCAAAAGCAAUGGAAUAUCGAAAGGAUUGACCGUCCUUCAAGUGGCCUGGUUUGUUAUGCAGCUCAUCACCCGCGCUAUCUAUCACUUCGAAACCACCCAGCUCGAAGUAGGAACACUCGCUUUUGCAGUUCUCAAUUUUCUCACUUAUGCUGUGUGGUGGAACAAACCUCUCAAUGUGCAAUGCCCACAUCCAGUGUACUGGAAGUCGACCGAGUCAAGGCCAGAGGAUCACCUUGAUAUCCCUGAAAGCAACCAAGUCGCUGGAUGGGGAAUCUUAUUUCCAGUUUGCCACUCAAUUGAAGAAUUGAUAAGCUCACCCGGUCUCAUUCCCACAUCUCGAAAGCUCCGAGUUCCAACAUUCGAUGGCAGCAUCGAACUCGAGGCUUCAAACUUGUUGGUUCUUUUGCUUGCUGGAUUCCUUAUGGUAACAAUAUUUGGCGGCAUUCAUUGUAUGGCUUGGUUUUUUGCCUUCCCCACACACGAGGAACAGGUGCUAUGGCGCAUGAGUUCCGCUGCUAUAACUUGCACACCCUGGUUUGGUUUCCUUACUUUAUUGCUCUCCGGGGGCUUCCCGGUCUAUGCUGUAUUAUACACUGCAGGACGUGUCACCCUCUUGGUACUUAUGUUCACUACUUUACGAAAUCUUCCUCCUGACGCGUACAAGGCGGUGUCAUGGACUAGUUUGGUGCCGCACUUAUAA